ACUCUGAACUGUGGUUGCAAUGCCUGUCUCCGUGUCCAAGAAAGCAUCGGCGAACGUUUCUACUCUCCAACAUAUAAAAAACGGCCUCCACCUCCGCGAUAUAUUUGGCAACGAAGAUGGUGGACCCCCUUUCACUUUUGGCAUUGCGACAAUCACCAAGCACGACAGUGGAGCAACGGCUCACAAAUUACCAUAUAAUUUAUAUAUCAUUGUCACAGAGGGCGAGAUAUCUAUGGGAGAUGAUGCCAAACCUGGAGACAUCUCAGUCUUGAAGCCUGGCGACGUUGCCCGCGUCGAUAAAGGUACAAUUCUCACCUGUUUCUCCCCAACUUCGGGAAAAGCCUAUUACGUUGGCCAACAUGAAUUUGGGAGUGACCAGAAGAAACAUCUUGUUUGAACGGCCCAGCACACGUUUUCUCUUUCUGUGUUGUUGUGCUAUUCUCUAGCCACGCACUUAAUGUGCGCCUGAAAUAUCAUUUUUAUCGUUGUC